GCCCAGGGCGGCCGUGAAGGGGAGGGACACGCAAGGAGCCGCGCGGGAGCUGCUUCCUGGGCACAGGUGCCUGCGUCUGUGUGGACCAUGCCCAAGACAUUUGCCCUCUUGCUCCUCCUGAGCCAGACUGCCGCGGACCCCUGCUAUGACCUGGGGGGCCGUCCCCGCUUCUGCCUCCCGCCAGUGACCCAGCUGGCCGGGGUGGCGGUCUCCUGCCCCCAGGCCUGCACCCUGUCCCUGGGGGCGGUUUCCAGCCCCGGUGCCUCCUGCAAUGGCAGCCUGGCCCUGGCCCUGGGCGGCCCCUUCCUCCUGACGUCUGUUAGCCUGCGCUUCUGCUCCCCGGGACCCCCAGCCCUGGUCCUGUCUGUGGCCUGGGCCACUGCAGGUCCCUGGCGGCCACUGUGGAGAAGGCCUGCCUGGCCUGGGGCCUUGGGGGGCCCCGAGCGGUUGACCUUCCGUGCCCCACCGGGCCCUAGGGCCAGCAUGGCGGCCAGCCACCUCCGUGUGGAGUUCGGGGGCCAGGCCGGGCCGGCAAUGGCCAGCGUGAGAGGACGGUGCCAGUGCCACGGCCAUGCUGCCCGCUGCGCCGCCCGCGCCCGGCCUCCCCGCUGCCGCUGCCGCCACCACACCACCGGCCCGGGCUGUGAGAGCUGCCGCCCGUCCCACCGCGACUUGCCCUGGCGGCCAGCCACGCCCUGGCACCCCCACCCCUGCCUGCCCUGCUCCUGCAACCAGCACGCGCGACGCUGCCGCUUCAACACUGAGCUGUUCAGGCUGUCAGGUGGCCACAGUGGAGGUGUCUGUGAGCGCUGCCGCCACCACACAGCCGGGCGGCACUGCCACUACUGCCAGCCGGGGUUCUGGAGGGACCCCAGCCAGCCUCUCACCAGCCGCAAGGCCUGCCGGGCCUGCCAGUGCCAUCCCAUUGGCGCGACAGGAGGGGCCUGCAACCAGACCAGUGGGCAGUGCUCCUGCAAGUUGGGGGUCACAGGCCUCAGGUGCAACCGCUGUGGUCCUGGCUACCAGCAGAGUCGCUCCCCCAGGAUGCCCUGCCAGCGAAUUCCAGAGGCUACAACCACCUUUGCUACAACCCCUGGUACAUACAGCUCUGACCCUCAGUGUCAAAACUACUGCAAGACCUCGGACACCAGGGUGCACAUGGGCCUUCGGAGGUACUGCCAGCAGGACUAUGUCCUCCGCGCGCAGGUGCUGGCGUCCGACGAGGCGGGCCCGGAGUGGCAGCGGCUGGCGGUGCGCGUGCGGGCCGUGUACAAGCAGCGGGAGCGGCCCGUGCGCCGCGGUGGCCAGGACGUCUGGGUGCCCCGCGCAGACCUGGCCUGCGGCUGCCUGCGCCUACGCCCCGGCGCCGACUACCUGCUGCUGGGCAGCGCGGCCGGCGCCCCCGACCCCGCGCGCCUGGUCCUCGACCGCCACGGCCUGGCGCUGCCCUGGAGGCCGCGCUGGGCCCGGCCGCUGCGGCGGCUGCAGCAGGAGGAGGGCGUCGGGGGCUGCCGCGGCCUGCUGCCUCCAACACCGGGUCCCCGCGCCCCAGCGGUCGAGCCCGGGGGAGCGGCCUGGGACCGGAACCAAAGCGCCGGAAGGCCACCCUAA